GUACAUGAUGGAUGAUGAUGAUCAUUAUAAUUAUUGAUCAAUCAACACAGUUAAAGUACAGGCAAGUAUUAAAAACUCCCAGUAUAGAUUUUCACUAUGAAGGGAGGAUUUAGCAACGCGACAUUCCUCACUUAAUGAUUAAGAAGUUUAUAUUCAUUAAGAAGUUUAUAUUCGAUAUUUAAUGGGACUAAUCGUGUCGCUUUAUUACCAUUUCUAUUUUAAUGCCUCUUAACUCUUCUCCUCCCGUCUCCUGUGCCUGAUAAGAGCCCGUACGUACGUCGUUGUCAAUUCCGCCCCCACUUCGUUCGCAUUCUGCUUUUCCAUUGCUGGCUGGUGAAUCAUAAUUUAAUGGAAGAUCUGAUGAUCUCCCCAUCUUCUUCUUCAUCAAUGGCCUCCCUGGGCAACCCUGCACCUGCCCCCCAGCCCAGCACCAGCUGUCUGCAGCAGAGGCUCCAGCUGAUCGUCCGGAACCAACCUGAAUUGUGGGCCUAUGCCAUCUUCUGGCAGACCCUCCAUGGCGACGCUGGCCACCCUUUCCUCGCCUGGGGCGACGGCCAUUUCCAGAGCAACACUGCCGGCUCCAACCUGAUCAUGUCCUCAUCGUCAUCGUCAUCCUCCUCCUCCCCAUUGCCGUCGCCAUCAGCAUCCUCCGGAGGCAAUGGUGGGAGCACAGUCCCGAGCUCCGAGAGGAGGAAGGUGAUCAAGGAAAUCCAAGCCUUGAUAGGGGACACGCACCCUGACAUCGGGAUAUCCAUCCACGGGGAUGUAAGCGACGCGGAGUGGUUCUAUGUGAUGUCCCUGACAAGCACAUUCUCGGCGGGAGACGGGACGCUUCCGGGGAAGGUGCUCAGUACCGGGUCUCUGGUGUGGCUAUCGGGAGCCCCUGACCUUCAGUUCUACAACUGCGAGAGGGCCAAGGAAGCUCAGCUUCACGGGAUCCAGACCCUCGUUUGCAUCCCCACUCCGGAUGGUGUCCUCGAGCUGGGCUCCUCCGAUGUCGUCCGGGAGAACUGGGAUCUCACCCAACAGGCAAAAUCCCUCUUUGGGUCGCCCUCCUCUGAUCUGAUGGUGGCAGCAGCAGCACCCCUGUCACCACCCAACAUCCCGUUUCUCGACCGGAACAUCUCUUUCGCUGAUGUUGGAAUAAUCGCGGGCGUCCAGGAAGAUGAGUUCACUGCGGCCCAGCCUGGUGAUCACCACUACCAUCGCAGCAAGGCCAAGACCAUAACCAAACAUAAUAAUGUCAGUUCCUGUAGUUAUGAAAAUAGCGGUGCGAUGGCCCGACACAACAAUAACAACAACAACAACCGCGGUGGCCAUAUUAACAGCAGUUGCUAUAUGGAGUCCGUGCACUCGGACUCAGAUAGUCCACCGCUGAAUUCACCAAAAGGGGGAGUAGCCAACAUCAAUAUCGCGGCUGCUAGUGAUGAGAGGAUGAUGAGAGCGCCAAAGAAAAGAGGUAGGAAGCCGGGGAUGGGGAGAGAGACCCCGAUGAAUCACGUGGAAGCAGAGAGGCAGCGCAGGGAAAAGCUGAACCACCGGUUCUAUGCCCUGAGGGCGGUGGUGCCCAAUGUAUCGAGGAUGGACAAGGCGUCGCUGCUGUCAGAUGCGGUGUCCUACAUCAACGAGCUCAAGUCCAAGAUCUCUGAUCUGGAGUCUCAGUUGUCGGCGCCGCCGGCACAGCAGCAGAUUAGAGAGUCUUCCGCGGCUGCUACUACUGAUUCCAGUAAGAAGCCGGUAAAGCUGGAGCAUGCGGUGUCCCAUGCCGCCAUGGACAACCAAAGCACCACUACAUCGAUUGACGACCAUGCUGCGGUUGCUGCCACUUCAACUUAUUCCCCGUCUUCGUCCAGCCCGGCCUCCGGGCUUGGUCAGUUAAAGGUCGAGGUCAAGAUCGUGGGGACCGAUGCCAUGAUUCGGGUUCAAUCAGACAGCUGCAACUACCCGAACGCCAAGCUGAUGAGCGCAAUGCGAGACCUACAGCUUCAGAUCCACCAUGCCAGUAUGUCCACCGUCAAAGAUCUCAUGCUCCAGGAUGUGGUCGUCAGGGUUCCAGAUGGAUUGCAAACUGAAGAGGCUCUACGAGCUGCUCUUUUGCCAGCCCUCAAUGCGUAAACUAUAACGUAUUUCGUAUUUUAUAUAACUAUAUAUAUAAAAUACGAAAUAUGUUAUAGGCCUUUCGGGUGUAAUUUCAUUUAGAAGCAUAGCAUAUAUGGAAAUAUAUACAUAUCCGAUCAUGAUUAAAUCAAGCUGAUGAUGAUAUGGAUGCAAUGGAUACAUGCAACUUCUCCCAUAUGGAGAGUUCAAUCGUGUAGAGUUAGGAGUGAGGGAAUGAAGAAAGUUACUUUUUCUUAUUAUUGUUUAUUUAUAUAUAUUUUUUUACAAGAGAGGACUGUAAUAAAGAAAUGUUUUUACCAUAUCAAUAUUAUAUAUUGAGCAAA